ACGGUGCCAGGAACAUGGAUGACAAGUCCAACAAGCUGCUGCUGGCCCUUCUUAUGCUCGUUCUCUUCGCCGUCCUGCUGCUCCAGUACGUGUGUCCGGGGAACGAGUGCCAGGUGCAGCGGCUGAGGCUCUUCUCGUCAGGCGGCGGCGGCGGCGGCGACGGCGACGGCGGCGCGGGGGUGGACGGCCCGGCGGCGGCGGCGGCGAUGGCGAUGGCGGCGGCGGCGGCUGAGGGGGUCGAUCCGUACGGAGCCGAGGACGAGAGCGCCGGGCGCUUCGUGGCCCGUCUGAACUUCACGGAGCGCGAGCUGCUGCGGCGGCUGCGCUUCGACAUCAGGGGCGACGACGUGAUCGUCUUCCUGCACAUCCAGAAGACGGGCGGCACCACCUUCGGCCGCCACCUGGUGAGGAACAUCGAGCUCGAGCGGCCGUGCGACUGCCGGGCCGGGCAGAAGAAGUGCACCUGCCACCGGCCCGGCAGGAAGGAGAGCUGGCUCUUCUCCAGGUUCUCCACCGGCUGGAGCUGCGGCCUCCACGCCGACUGGACCGAGCUGACCAACUGCGUGCCCGCCGUCAUGGGCAACGGCAAGACGGCGAAGCCCGGAGCGCCGAGAAACUACUACUACAUCACAAUCCUACGAGACCCAGUGUCACGUUAUUUGAGUGAAUGGCGGCACGUGCAGAGAGGGGCAACAUGGAAAGCUUCGCUGCACGUGUGUGAUGGAAGAUCUCCAACUCAGGAAGAGCUGCCAAGCUGUUACCCAGGAGAUGACUGGUCAGGUUGCAGCCUGACAGACUUCAUGGAUUGCCCAUAUAAUCUGGCUAACAACAGACAGGUCCGCAUGCUGUCUGAUCUCAGCCUUGUUGGAUGUUACAAUUUGUCUUCUAUGGCAGAUGACAAAAGAAACCAAGUUCUUUUGGACAGUGCAAAAAAUAACUUGAAACACAUGGCCUUUUUUGGCCUCACAGAAUUUCAAAGAAAAACUCAGUAUUUGUUUGAAAAGACUUUCAAUUUAAAGUUCAUCACUGCAUUCACCCAGUAUAAUAGUACUCGGGCUGCCAAUGUUGAAAUUGAUGAAGAAACUCAGAAGCGCAUUGAAGAAUUGAAUUUUCUGGACAUGGAACUUUAUGACUAUGCAAAAGACUUGUUUCUACAGAGAUAUCAGUACAUGAGACAGAAAGAGCACCAGGAGGCGCGGAGAAAACGACAAGAGCAACGCAAAUUGCUUCGGGAGAAGCAAGGCCACUUUAAUGAAGAAGCUGAGAACUCAACAGCUGAUUAUAUUGGCCAUGUAGAGAGGUGGCGAUAAUGUGGCUGGACAACCUCCAUUUUAAACUUGUGAUCUAGGAAAAUAUUAAAAUUUGUCAAGUUGUGCAAGCACUGAAAAAAGUCUCAACGUAAAAUUGAAGUAUGUUAAAACAGUCUGAGGUGAAAUAUGCCUUUGCUUUUAAUCUGUAGCUGUAACUUAAAUUUGCUGUUCACCUUCAUUGUUCUCUAUCGGUUUUUGUGCUUGUUUGACUGUUAGCUGCUGUGGCUAAUUAUGGGGAAUACAGUCAAUUUAAUCACUUAAACAGUCUCAUAGGUAAAUUUACAUUCAUCUAAAAUAUUUUAAGGGAAAUGAAAUCAGCUUUCCAUUAAAAUAAUGUUAGGAAAAAUGACUACUUAAUGUUUUGAACAAAAAAAAUCGAUUUAUUUAUGAAGACACCUACAGUUCAAGACUUCUUCAGUCAGUUAGUAUUGGACAUAACAGAAAUUGGUUUCUACCUUGGCAAAAGAUAUUGCUCAAAAUAUUUCAUAUUUGUACACCAACUCAAUCUGUCAUUCCUUCAGAAAUGUACAUAUAUUGAAUUCCUCCUGUUUUUUUCCUCCUCUUUUGAUGGUGUUUACUCUUAUGGUACGAUUAGAUGGUCUUCUGGUUCUUCACCCAAGCAGCCAUUGUUUGUUAUGUGAGCCUAGACAAUGGCCGUAUUAAUUUCACCCAAUCCUGUUCACACAACAUUCACACGCUCAUUUUCCAGCAGGAGGACCUGAGAUAGCAAUUAGAACUGGAAACUCUGACCCAUUUUUUACCUUUCCAUAUCAUGGGCACUGAGCAAAGUGUAGCGUCCUCAGCUGCUCAGUGCAGUCUGAGAAGGGAAACUGAUCUUCUGCUCUGGAGGUUUAGGUCUAUAUUGAAUGGUAGCCGAUAAACCAUGGGAUGAGGAACCCGUUAUACAUCUUUUUAAAUGUACUGUGUUGAGCUGACAUGUUUAAGACCACUUCUUAUGUUACAAUGACUGUGCCUGAUUUAUAUGGAGUUGCUAGAGAAAUGAAUUGUGUCCUAGCUGCUACAAUUUUCUGAUUUUAUUUGGUUUUAAUAAUAUGUGAUAGUGUCUUCUUAGCUAGUUAAUAUUAGUUAGUAAUUAUUAUGAUUAAUUAUUCCUAAACACUCCAAAUCCUGCAACUGUAACUUGAAAUUUACACAACAAGCAGCUCAAAGGAACAAAAUGACAUGGAAUUUAUAUUGCCUCCAGAAGAUUCCACACAUUGAAUAAUUGGGCUCUAAUAAGUAACUAUAUUAACUAUACAUUGGUCAGUAUUGUUCCUCAUGAUUAUAGCACAUCAGAUAAAGUUUGUUUGAGAAAGAAAUUAUCUGUCUAGGGGAAGGGAGUAAAAAUCAAGAAUUCUGAGAAACAAAGCAGCAGAGUAGAUACAUUAAUGUAUACAUAGAAGAUAGAUAUAAUCUAAUGACAGUGUGUCAAUCUGAGUGGAGAAUAGGAUGUAAACUGUUACAAUGAUGUACAUUUG